AUGAAAUUAGAUCCUCCUCCGGCUGGAGAAGCGCCCCCAUCGCAUAAAUUUCAGCAAGGGGAUACUGGAGUCGAGGAGGCAGCAUUACAAGCAUCUCUCCAGAUUAUUGGUGCGAUCCUGAUAUCUACGCCAUGGCCACCACGAAAUUAUCCAUGCAUUAACAUAUGUUUUAACCAGCGCCCAAUCCCACUUCAAGUUCCAACAGAGAUAGAGCUGAGCCCAAGAAACCAUGUUCGAGUCACUCUGUUCGAUGCCAACCAUUGCCCUGGUGCGGUCAUGUUUCUUAUAGAGGGAAACGGCAAAACCAUUCUCUAUACCGGCGAUAUUCGGGCGGAAUCCUGGUGGGUGGGCAAUCUUAUUCGGAAUCCAGUCCUUAUUCCAUACACCCUUGGAGAUAAGCGAUUUGAUAAGAUCUAUCUAGACACCACCUUUGCUACGAAAUCUGAUGUAUACCAGUCGUUCCCCUCUAAAGCUGAAGGAAUUAGAGAGCUCUUAGAAAAGAUCAACGCCUACCCAGAGGAUACAAUUUUUUAUCUGCGAGUAUGGACGUUUGGUUAUGAAGAUGUCUGGUUAGCCUUGUCAUCGGCGCUAAACACCAAGAUCCAUGUCGAUCAAUAUCAAAUUGGGUUGUAUAAAUCCCUCGCGCCACGGGCCACAAAUGGUUUUGGAGUUGACAACACGGCAUUCCUUUGUGGAUUCACCCUGGGCAAUGCGCAUGCCCCCGGUUGCUUAACUCACGAUCAUAAAUCUCGAAUCCAUAGUUGCGAGCCUGAUAUGCACUGCUCGACGAUCUCCAAAGGCCCCUCCGUAUAUAUCACUCCCAUUGUGUCACGUAUGAGCGAUGGUUCUGAGAUCCCCGAGCUUGGAGCUGGUGGGGGCCAGGGCGACCUUUACCAAAGCCAUGAGCUCGAUUUAUCGGAUGGCGUUGUAUUCCAGCAGCUUUCAAAUAUAUGCUUUGAGCGUAUCAAGGAUGAGAAAACUCGUGCGUUGGCACUAUGUGCUUUGUCAGAUGCGCAUCAAUCGAAAUCAAAAUCGCUAUCUCUUGAUGCUUAUGGCAUAAAGAAUGUUGGCGAAAUUUCUGUCCAGGAGCUCGUGGGCAUUCUAAGCCGAGGGUCGCCAAAGGCCAAUCUAUCGGAUCUGUCAGACAUCCCCAAACCCAAGAUACCCCUAAACAUACGGGGCAAAUUCGGACGUCCACUCCCGAACACAAUUCGUUUCCCCUAUUCGCGCCACUCUUCGUACGACGAACUCUGCAAUUUCAUCAGGGCAUUCAAACCAAAAGACAUCAUGUCGUGCACCGCAGAUGUUGCAACUUGGGACGAGGACGUAUCCAUGCGAACUCUAUUUGGUCAUUUGUGUUCUGGCACUGAUUUUACCCACGACAAGCUGAUGAGGGAGUAUGUCCAGCGAGACUCGCGCCGGUCCCGAAAACGGAUGCGACUGGAAUCUAAUUCUUCAUCACAACACCAUUCAACCCAGCAAACAGAUUCAUAUAUCGAAGCAAACGAGCUUCCUCCCAUUACCCCAUCAACAGCCAUUGAGGCCCGCGAGUCAGAUUCCAAUUCACCUCCGCUGCGAGAAAUGCAAACUAAACACAACAAUGCUCUCCCUGAAAUAUCAGCCGCUGCAUUCCAGGAAACAUCGCAGGAUAUAAGCCAAGACACAACCGAUGGUGCUGACACGCAGUCUUCCACAAACUCCCAAAUCCUCGCCAUAAAACUAGCAUUGAAAGAAAAACACCUAAACCGGGAACUGGAUUUUCAUGCGGAAUCUUCAUUCCCAGAUCUAGAUAACGAGGAUGACAAUACCUCACAAGAAACCUCUCAAUCCUAUCACGACCGCGACCAAGACCCAUCUGAUACCCCAUCCGACCGCGAGAGCACAUGUUCUCUCUCUUCAUCGGCCUUUGACUCCCUGCAAACCGUCACUUCUUCCAGAACCAGGUGCCGCAUGACCGCAUACCGUGCCGCUCGGAGCGGGACCUAUGAGGCAUGGACAAGUUUCGGCUCGCCAAUCAGUGCUGGGAAUAAUCAUACAGAGGAGGAGGCUGAAUUUGUGAGCUGUGAACUGUGA